AUGACCAUCAUAUGUCAUCUAGGCUACGUGUGUGCUGUGUUCUCGCCGAAGACUGGCCAGCCUCCUUUCAAGAUGGCUGAUAUCACGGCAGACAAAGACCGUAUCAAGCGCGUCGCUGAUAUCAAUAACAGCACGAUAGCACCCGAGACCGCAUGGCAAUACGUUUACGAACCUAGAGAGAAUGAUGAUGACCACGAAGAUCCGACGAGAAACGUGGACAAGGAGCUGCCUCGGAAGUCAUAG